AUGCCCUCAUUCCGUCUCAGCCCCCGCGUCCUACAUCGUGCCCUUCAAAGCCGCACCUAUGCAACCGCCCAAGCACCGGCAAUUAACGUCACCAACGUCCCAGCACCACACUGUGGAAGCAUACGUAUACUUUCUCUGAAUCGACCUGCGGCACGUAAUGCGAUAUCUCGGCAAUUGCUCGCGGAUCUGAGCCAUCAAGUAAACAGCAUACACAAUGAGGGUGACAACGGGCCAACCAGGGCGUUGAUAUUGGCGAGCGAUAUCGACACGAGUUUCUGUGCGGGCGCAGAUCUGAAGGAGAGGGCUACAUUUACACAGGAAGAAACAUCCAACUUUCUAACUACGUUACGGGGAACAUUUGCAUCGAUCUCACAGCUACCGAUUCCAACAAUCUCUGCAUUGGCAGCACCGGCAUUUGGUGGCGGCCUCGAACUAGCCCUUACAACACACAUGCGUGUCUUUGCCUCUAGCACCACCGUCGCUCUCCCAGAAACUCGUCUCGCUAUUCUUCCUGGCGCAGGAGGGACAUACCGUCUCCCUGCUUUGAUUGGCCUUUCACGUGCACGGGACAUGAUAUUGACAGGCCGCCGUGUAGCAGCGCCGGAAGCCUAUUUCCUGGGGCUGUGUGACCGGUUAGUGGAGAUAACUGCCGAAGACGUACAGCAAGAAGGUGCUGCGCGAAAAAAGGUCUUGAACGAAGCUGUAAGACUAGCAAGGGAGAUAUGCGAAGGUGGGCCGAUAGCGAUCAAGGCUGCGCUUCAAGCGGUGGAGGGCUGUGCGCUGGGCGAGAAGGCCGAGAAUGCUGCAUAUGAGCUUGUAGUCAGGACAAAGGAUCGCGACGAGGCGCUUCUCGCAUUUAGGGAGAAGAGGAAGCCUGUUUUCAAGGGCGAGUAA